AGACAAAGAAAGCUCAGCUUGGAGGUUAGGUCGCCUCCAUAUUGGUCACAGCCGGUUUGGGCUUCUGAGAUGCUAAAAGCAGCCGGGACGUCUGUGUUUGCAGCCCCAGGAGCACUUGUUUCUCCCAGCCCUAAAACAGCUUAACCCUCUUGUCUAACAAAGGGCCUAAUCACUACUGUACGGCACAGAUUUAAACAUGGCUGCCUCCAACAAGGUGUCAAGAGGGAGCGGCCAUCAGGCCUUCUGUUAAAGUUCAGAAACCCAGAAUCCUGUUCGCUUGGAAGGUUGCCAGGUGGAGGCCGACAGCCUCAGAGUCGCGACUGAGUCUGCGCACUCGCCACUCGGGAUGGGAAGAGAUUAUACUGCGGUGAGGCGGCGUGGUACGAAGAUCAAUUUCGGGUUAUGGGCGCGGAUCCAGGAAAAAUGGGAAAGGUCCUUUCUGGCAACAGUAAUGAUGUAUCCGUCUGUGACAGCAUCCCAAGAAUGAGUCUGGUUUCUGGAAAUCUAUUCUGACUCCAUGGCAGCUAGGAUGGAUGUGUCUUUGCCUGUGGUUAAAAAACAAAGAAUUUACUGAGUUACCUGAGUCCCCUGUACACCUGUGGGUCCCACCACUUCGCUGACAGCAGGGCUCCACAGGACCUUGGUCAAGUCUACAGAAGGCCUUGCCUGGGGCUACAGCUGAGGGAUUCAAAUCUUUUUCCAAGGACAGAAAAUGAUUGAGUACCAGAGACCUGUGUCAUUCAAAGACGUGGUAGUGGGCUUCACUCAAGAGGAGUGGUACAGGCUGAAUCCUGCUCAGAGGGCACUGUACCGGGAUGUGAUGCUGGAGACCUAUAGCAACCUUGUUUCAGUGGGUUAUGAAGGCACUAAACCAUAUGUGAUCCUCAAGCUGGAGCAGGAAGAAGCACCGUGGAUUUGUGAGGCAGCAUGCUCGGGCUGCCACUGUCAGGAAAACAUUUGUCAAGUUAAUGUCCAGAGGAAAAGACAGCAAGACAUGAUUUUGAAACAAGGGGCAUUCAUCAGCAAAAAAACAUUGCCCAAGGAAAGAAGCCAUGAAGACAAUAAGUUUGGGAAAAUAUCACCUCUGAGCAUUAAUCUUUUUCCUUCAGUUCAAGACCCCAAUAACUGGGACCCCUAUGGAAAAAGUGUGAACCAUAAUUUAGACUUGAUUGGUUUUAAGAGAAACUAUUCAAAAAAAGAUGAGUGCUGUGGAUGUGGGAAAUUGUUACAGCAUACAAACCAUGAUAGAAAACCUAAUGGAGAAAAAUUCUGGGAAUGCAGUCACUGUGAGAGAGCUUUUAGCCACAACCCAGCACUUAUGUAUAAACCAACAGUAACCAAUUCUCUUGUGUACAAACGUAAGAGGGUUCCACCUACAGAGAAACCCCAUGUCUGUAGUGAGUGUGGGAAAGCCUUCUGCUACAAGUCUGAAUUCAUUAGGCAUCAGAGAAGUCACACUGGGGAGAAGCCAUAUGGAUGCACUGACUGUGGGAAAGCCUUUUCACAUAAGUCAACCCUUAUUAAACACCAGCGAAUUCACACUGGGGUAAGACCCUUUGAAUGUUUUUUUUGUGGGAAAGCCUUCACUCAGAAGUCACACCGCAGAGAACAUCAAAGAACACAUACUGGAGAAAGACCCUUUGUGUGCAGUGAAUGUGGGAAGUCAUUUGGUGAGAAGUCAUACCUCAAUGUACAUCGAAAAAUACACACAGGAGAAAGACCAUAUCGUUGUAGAGAAUGUGGAAAAUCCUUCAGCCAAAAAUCAUGCCUCAAUAAACAUUGGAGAACUCAUACAGGAGAAAAACCCUAUGGAUGCAGUGAAUGCGGCAAAGCUUUCUAUCAGAAGCCAAACCUCAGUAGACACCAGAAAAUUCAUGCCAGAAAGAAUGCCUAUAGGAAUUAAAACAUGAUAAUUGUGGGAAGCCUUAAGCAAGGUAUCCUAUUUCAUUGUAUGUGGAAGCAUUCAUUUUCAGGAGAAAUCUCAUUGAUUUAAUGAAUUUGGACAAAAUGUUUUUACCAUAAGGGGAAUCAUGUUCUAAUUGUGAUAGAAAACUUUAUACAAAGAUUGUAGAAAACACUUUAUAAAACAUAAACAUGGUCACUCUGGCUUAUGAAAGUUUAAAAAUAUGUUAAUGGAAUAACAGAAUACAAAAUAUAUGUGAAAAGAAUUGGUAUAUUAUGGCAUAUUCCACAGUGAGCCACAUAAUAAGCAUUAUUUAUAUUUUGGAAAUGUAAAUGUGGAUUUAAUGUGAUUUGUGAAUAUCAAGCACAUUUGUCACAUAGUUUGUAGAAUGCCAUUCACCAAACUUUUUCACUCUAAAUAUCACCAUUGUCUUUUAAUGUCUUAACAAUAUAAAAAAUAAGAACAUUUGUUAAUGUUGAAAAGGCAAGGCUAAGGAAUAGUUUCACAACCUAAUAUUGGAUGAACAAAAUACUAUAAACUUGAUAGCACAGCCAUUAUUUGACAAAUAGUAGUGUGGCCCUGGCAUAUUGUGCACUACUUCUAUUUUAUUAGUCUUAGCUUAACAUGCCUUUGCAGCAAAUUAGGAAAGACAGUGUUUAUAUGAGUCUUAUAAUUCAGAAAUGUUUCUUGCAGCGACCAAAGAUAGAAUUUUUCUGUUUUUUUUUUUCUUUUUGCAAAUUAAUUCAGCAAUGUCCACUUUUCUUCCCUAUCAAUUUCCCUGUGAAUAUCCUGGGCAUGAAAACCCAAAUUGUUUCAUCAUUCCAAUCUUGAAAAAAAAAUCUACUUCCUUGAGCUGCCACAUCUUCCAAAUAAAACAAAUGCCCACACUGUUCAAGAUAUGCCUCCUGUAAGAAUGCCUGGUCCAGAAUGAGAAAGGAAACAAUCGCAUGAGCACCGGAUGUUGUAUGUAAGUGAUGAAUCACUAAAUUCUACACCUGAAACUAAUAUUACACUGUAUGUUAAUUAACUGGAAUUUAAAUAAAAAUCUGGGAAAAAAAAUCACAGAUAAAGAUAUGAUUAAAAGAGUGAUAAAAGAUAUUUCAUACAAAUCUAGAUCAACCUGUUUUUAAAAGAGGAAUUAAAUGCUUUUCUUGCAAAAUAUAAGUUAGGAAAAUUGCAAGAAGUAGAAACUUGAUAGAACAAUUACCAUUGAAGAGUUUGGAAAAGUGAUUAAAGAUCUAGGAUUGAAAAAUGCUCCAGGGCCCAGAUGAUUUCAUUGUUUCUUCUUGAUACCAGUGUUAUUUGAAGUAUUGCAGCCCAUAGAUUAUGUUCUCCAGUUUAUUUUAUGAAGUCAGAAUAAGUUUUAACACCAAAACCAAAUAAAGGUAAUUGGAAAAAAGAAAACUCCAGGCCAGUCUUACUCAUGAAUUUAGAAACAAAAAUUAUAAUUAAAAUAAUAACAAGUAGAAUUCAGCAAUAUACCUAAAGAAUGACAUAAUGACCAAGGAAGAAUUAUUCCAAGAAUGCAGAGCCAAUGCAGUAAUAGGAAAUAAAUCAAUAAAAUUAACAGUUUAAAAGAGAAGAUGCCAUCCAUCAAUGCUGACAAGAUAUUUAAUAGAAUUUGCAAACAUUUCCAAUCUAAUAAAGUAUAAAUUAAAUUGUAAUACUUAGUAACCACUUAGGAGUUACUUUACCAAAAUCCUAUAGCAUAUUUUAUACUAAAACCAUUUUUUGAAAAUUAAGAAUUUAAUAGUAUUAGAGAUAAGGGUUUCACUGCUGUCUAUUUUUACUAAACAUUGUGUUGGAGUUUCCAAUGAAGGCAGUAAAAAAAUUAAAUUAAAUAAUUGGUAUAAACAAUUUAAAAAGAGGGAAACUUUUUGAUGAUAUUAUAUAUCAAUAAAUGAAGAGACUAGUAAUUGUUUUGGGUUGAAAGGUAAUUUUCUAAAAAGACAGUAUAGAAAUUAAGUUUUCUCUGUAAACAUCUAAUAACUUACAUGUACUUCUUUUGGAAUUACACUAAAUGUCAGUGAUUUUUUCUUUUAACUUAUGUGAAAUGAUCUUAAAAUCCAUAUGGAAGAACAAAUGUCUAACAAUCUAGACAAGAAAAGUAUGAAAAAGAAUUUCAUACCAGAUGUCAGAAUAUAACAUGAAGUCACUUUAAUCAAAUUAAUAAAGUAUUGGCAAAGGAUAAAUACAUCAAUGGAUCAGAAUAGAAAAUCUUGAAAUAGACCUAAGUGUAUAUGAGCUUUCUCAUAUAUGGCAAAGGUGGAAUUUCAGGCUAUAGGGGAAAGGAAUAGUUUAUUUAAAAAGAAUUCUGGUACAAUUGGCUUUUACUCAGGAAGAAAGUGAAAUUUGACUAAUACCCCAAAGUAUAUGAAAAAAAAUCCAGGUGAAUUUAAGAUUUAAAUUGUUUAAUAAUAAAAUUCUUGAAGGAAAAAUGAAAGGAGACUACAGGUACAAUCUAGGAGUUGGGAAGAUUAACUUUACCAACAAAAGAUACUUGAAGGCUAUUAAAAAAUAUUUGACUACAUAAAAGUAUAAUCUUUUGUAUGGCAAAAGGUGCCAUCAACAAAGUCAGUACACGAUAUUUUUGAGGGAAAUAUUUGCAAAGCCAAUCAGAGAAGAGGUGCUUUUCAAAUUGACAGGAAAAAGAUAACUCAGUGGCAAAACAUGGGAAAGUAUUGUGAAUAGACAGUUGUAAAAACAGCAAACCCAACUGGCUGGCUAUCAAAAAAUGUUUAGCUUCAGUGGUUGUUGGGGAAUACAGAUUAAACUCAUAAUGAGAUGGGGUGUCAUAAUGAGUGGGGUUGAGCAUCCAGCUUCGGCUCAGGUCAUGAUCUUGAGGUUCAUGAGUUUGAGCCCUGCGUUGGGCUCUCUGUU